UUUUUCUUCUUCAUCACGAUUCAUCACUAUCAUGGCCAAUAUUGAGGAAGCUCAAGCACUUGUAGCUACAUUAUUGGAACAAGAAAAGCGACUUCAAUUUACAAAAUUCACAUCUCAAGAUGCACUUGACUUGGGACUCAAGAUUUUGGAGACUGUCAAAACAAAGUAUGAUAAUCGACCUGUGGCAAUUGAUAUCACUGUCAAUGGAUUGAUUUUAUUCCGUCAUGCUAUGGAUGGUACUAGUCCAGAUAAUGAAAUGUGGAUCAAACGCAAAAGUAAUGCGGUGAAUCGGUUCCGACACUCCAGCUAUUGGUUAGGAAAUGCUCUGAUUAUCAAGAACAAAUCAUUAGAAAAAGCUUAUUUUAUUUCUGAAGUGGAUUAUGCGACUCAUGGUGGAAGUGUACCAUUGAUCAUUAAAAAUGUUGGUAUGAUUGGUACUAUUACAGUCACUGGAUUGAAACAACACGAGGAUCAUGGUGUUAUCAUUGAAUGCUUAGAAUAUAUGUUAUCUAAAGCUUAGAUAAUUUGUAGAAUAAUUAAUUUGGCAGUGUUUUUUUUUUUGUUGUCGAUCUUUAAUGAACUUGUAUUUUUUUUUUG